UUCUGAGCUGUUGAUUUAGGGUUUUUUUAAACACCCAGCAUAGUACACCACGUCGCUGAAGCGCAAAUAUUAAGUUUUCCAAAAAUCACUCAUCAAUAUUUCAAGUCACCGUUUGGCGACGUCAUAGGAGUCGCUUUCUCGAGGUAUUGACGAUGACGUCACAGGUGGAUGUGAUGUGCUGUAAAUCAGUAGGAACAGAUCUGUCCAUGCUGGAUAUUGAUGGUUUCAUCACAGAAAUCUUUCAGCUGAAGAAAGAGGUGGCGUUACUGGAGGCAAAGCUGAGGGCAAGAGGAGAUCAACUCAACACAGAGAUUUUGGUAAAGGUUGAGACCUACCCUACAGACAGCAAUCACACCUUGAAUCAGGAUGAAUCUACUGAUCGAACCACAGAGUCUCUGGAUUCUGUCUGUAUCACUGGAGAACAGCAGAUCCUGCACACCAAACAUCUGAACAUGUGUUCUGUCAAACUGAUGGACUGCAGGAAACUGAUGGAGAUAAAAACAGAACCCAUAGUAAAGGAAGAACAAACUGAUGAAGAUAAUGAUUUGAUUUCUUCAGUGAAACUGUUAAACAGAAUGAACAUAAUGGAGAAAAAAACAGAAUCAACAAUAGAGGAAUUUUACACGGAUGAAGAUUAUAACAAUGAUGAUGCUUUUAUUCUUUCAGAUGAGAGCAGUGAUUUGUAUUGUGAUGGAGAAACAGCCUCUACAUCAAAACAGCGACUGACAGCACAAACUCUUUCCUGCAUCACCCGCGGAAAGACAUUCAGUUCACAGAGACAUUUAAAGACACAUGAGAGAAAACACACAGAACAGAAAUUGUGAGCAAUGUGGGAAUAAUUUUGAAUCCUCUUCAAGUCUGAAGAUCCACAUGAGGACACACAGUGAAGAAAAGCCUUUCAACUGCAGUGAAUGUGACAAAUAUUUCAGAACCAAAGGAAAUCUUGCUACUCAUAAGAGAAUUCACAAGAAAAUGGAAAAAACACAAAAGUGUCCUCACUGUGAGUGGAAAUUCAGAAAAACUUUCCUUCUGACGAACCAUGUGCGAUUACACACAGAUGAGAGACCGUAUCAGUGCAGUGAAUGUGGAAAAACCUUUAAGCAGUCAUAUGAUCUAAAGUCACACCAAAGAACACACCCUGGUGAGAAACUCUAUCAAUGUUCACGCUGUGAUAAAAACGAUUCCUUAAAAAAUCUAAUCAGACGGUCCAUGAGAGAAUUCACACUGGAGAGAAACCUUACAUCUGCUCUCACUGUGGAAAGAGCUUUUCUGAUCCAUCUAAUUUCAAGGAUCACCAGAGAAUUCACACUGGAGAGAAACCGUAUCACUGCAGCGCUUGUGGAAAGAGUUUCGGUCAAUUUGACACUCUAGUAAAACAUAAGAGAAUUCAUACAGGAGAGAAACCUUUUAAAUGUUGUGUGUGUGUGACAAGACAUUUGCUCGAUCAGAUGGCCUGAAAACCCAUCAGAGAGUUCAUACUGGAGAGAAUCAGAACGAACAUGCUGAAGAACAAACUGUACUAGAAUCAUCAUAGAGUGUUUAACAAUUUUUAUAAACAGUGUCUGCCUGUUAAUAAUUGUUCUUUUGUGAGAUUUUCUGCAAUCUAUGUACCUAUCAGUUUGAAUGGCUCAGGUAGGGUCUUUCACUGCAAGCUUUGUCAAUUUAUUUUUGUGUAUUUUUUUAACUGUCAUCACCCAUCAGUUUAAUUAGCAACUACUUCACAUGGCUACUUAGAGUUCUGGAUUCAUAACUUUCUAACCAUUAUAUUAAACAAUAAAAAAUCGUAUGCAAGAGAUAAUGUACAGUCAGCCGGUUGUUAUCGCAAGAAUAAACCCUGACAGUGUGAUCAGGACCCAACGCGAAGCGGAUACUCUUACAUCACACUGAAGAGGUUUAUUCCUGUGAUAACAACUGUCUGUCUUUACAUUAUCCCGCUUAUUACAUGUUACUAUACCAUCACUCUUAAACAAAGGGUUUGACUUUUUUUUAUUUCCCAAUGUUUUUGAAAAAAGAUUAACAUGCCCACAAACAAUUAAAUUAAGCACGACCAGCAUUUGAUCUGACACACUAACUCGGUUCCCGCUGGCAGUAUGAACACACAGUCUUCAGUACGACUAAACCAUUGACCUUUUGAAUAUAAUGUGUUUUGACAAGCAACUAAAAUAUUUCCAUUUCCAAAUAAAUCGAUUAGAGAUUAGUGAAUCUACCAGAGAUCACUAAAUAAAUCACAGAUAAGUGAGUGAAUUGAAGCUCAAUGAAUCAAUCAGAGAUCAUUGAAACCAUGUGUGAAUUAUUUGGAAAUGAGUGAAUCAGUUGAAGAUCAAUAAAAAUGGUCUAAAUAAUCCAAACUAUUCUAUAAAAAUUCUCAGAGAAUGUGCUCAUUACAAAUAUGUUAAAUCAUCUGUUUAUAUUAACCCUAGAUGCAUGAGAGAUCCCAAACAUGAUUUCAUAAUGGGACCUGUGCUUUAAAAACAAACAAAAAUGCUUCAAAAACGUAGAGAGACUUCGCAUUUAAACUAACAAAUAUUCCCAUCUCUCCUGUCAGUAUGGUGAUAACCUUUGUUAUAAACAGGAUCUAGUGUCGGUGUAGUGUCUCCGGUCCAGCAGGAGGCGCUAAAGAAAACUAAGAAAGACUAAAAACGAGCAAUGCAUGUUGAAACAUCAGUUUGAUUUCCUCUCUUUAGUGUUUUAAUGAGUGUAAACAGAGUGUUGUCUUUGUGAAUUGUUUUGUUCAGAUGUUGACAAUGACGUCACAAGCGGAUGUGAUUUGAUGUGAAAUCCAUUCUGGAUAUUGAUAAUUUCAUCACAGAAGUCUGUCAGCUGAAGAAACAGGUGGUGUUACUAGAGACAAAGCUGAGGACAUGAACACAACAAGAAGUUUGGAUACAUUAAACAUCAUUUAUAUCAAUCACUCUCACUGUUUUUGUCUUUCAUGUCAAUUUUCAUUUCAAUACCUUUAG